CUCCAGUCGUGAGCUCUGGCUGUAAACAUUCAUUCAAGUCUCUCGCAUGGGUCUGUUAUUGUCAUUUUAAAUGAAAAGGGGAAUAAAUAACUGUGUGGUCUUCAUCAGGUGAAAUUCCGCUGUAUGUUGAUUACGGUGAUGCAACAAGAUGAAUUCCCUCGCCAGUGAAAUUCAGGGAUUUUCUAAAUCGCAUCUGAAGAAACAGUCCACGCGUGUGACAACUGUCACAGGAGAACAAUUUAUAGAAACACGAAGUGGCGAUGAAGUCCAAGUUACAGAAUGUUCAACGGAAGGCAGCAGCUCUUGCGGAUUUGUCAAAGACUUGAGUCUGGACCUACACGUUGGCGUCAUCAAGCCAUUUCUUCUACUUUCAUCCCAGGAUGUUGCCCAAGAUAUUGGCACGCUGACGAAACACAAGGUGACACAUGUACUGAAUGUGGCGUAUGGAGUGGAGAACGCAUUUCCCGACCUGUUGAGCUACAAGACGGUCACCGUGCUAGAUGUUCCAGAGACUGACAUCACUUCCUACUUCCCAGAAUGCUUUGCCUUCAUUGAUCAAGUCAGAGACGAGGGAGAUGUGGUGCUGGUCCACUGCAAUGCAGGAGUGUCCCGCUCGGCCUCCGUGGCAGUAGGCUACCUGAUGUCUCGGGACGCUCUCACUUUCCAAGAGGCUUUCGACGCCGUGAAGGCCGCCAGGCCCUCCACCUGCCCCAACCCUGGCUUCCUCCAACAGCUGAAGAACUAUAGGCCUACUCCUCCCUGAUGCCUCUCUACCCCCUUCCCCACCACAACAUGCUGCGCAGGUUGGCAUGUGUGUGUGUCAUGUGUCCGUGAAGGCUGCCAGCCAGGUCCUCCGCCUGCCCCAACCCUGGCCUCCUCCAACAGCUGAUGAACUAUACUCUUGUGAUGUCCUCCCAUAACCCCUCCAUGACACCCAUGCAUAUUUUCCUGUCAAAAAUUCUGCAUUCACUGCCUAACGCUACAGUAAUACUGAAGUGAUACUACUACAUUGAUAUAGGUUUUGUAUAAUGCACUUCAACACCAUUUUAUCAUAAGGGUGAAUCAAUGCAAUGCAAAGGGUCUGGCUUUCCUGCACUGAGAAACAUUUGCUUCCUGGAGGUUCAAACCCUUAACAUUGUCCUUUGUUUUUGAUUCAAUUCAUCGCCACAAUGGUUGCCAAGCAACAGUGCCAUGAAAAGGUGCGAACCACAUGAGGGUCGUCGGUGCUAUUGAUUGUGUUUACUGAAUGUGUAAUAAACAGGCAAAGUGAAAGCAUUACUUUGUGGGGAC